AAGAGGGAGUUGACUCGGCGUAUUUGACUCAGUGAGUGAGUGAGUCAUGGCAGAAGAAACGACUCGGAUAAUGGUGGGAGUGAACGAGUCAAGUUUGAAGGGUUACCCUUACCCUUCAAUUAGCAGCAAAGGGGCUUUCGAAUGGACCAUAAACAAGCUCGUUCGUUGCAACGUCAAUGCUUUCACUCUUCUCUUUCUUCACGUUCAAGUUCCUGAUGAAGAUGGUUUUGAUGACAUGGAUAGUAUCUACGCAUCACCUGAAGAUUUUGAGAACAUGAAGCAGAGAGAUAAGAUUAGAGGGCUUCAUCUGCUGGAAUAUUUUGUCAAUAGGUGUCAUGAAAUUGGGGUGGCAUGUCAAGCAUGGAUAAGGCAGGGUGAUCCCAAAGAAGUACUAAUACAUGAGGUGAAACGACUACAGCCAGAUCUUCUGGUUGUGGGUAGCCGAGGUCUUGGUCCUUUCCAAAAGGUUUUUGUUGGCACUGUGAGUGAAUUUUGUGUGAAGCAUGCUGAAUGCCCUGUUAUUACUAUCAAACGCAAGGCAGAUGAAACUCCUGAUGACCCGGUUGAUGACUGAUAUAUGGUUAGGCACUCGACAUUGGAGAUAGAUUACCAAUGUUGGUCGAGUUUGAGACAAAAAGAAAAAAGAAACAAAACAAAAUUUGAAUAUCAUUAAGAUUAGUCUAUGCAGAUGUUUGAUGUAAGAACACUAAUAUUCGUACUUUCUUGUCCUUGUUCCUUUUAUACUCCAUCUGUAUUUUCCAGCUAUGUUGAUUUCUUUGAAUGUAAAAAGUUAUUUGUGGUGUUUGUAAUUCUGAGAGUUGAAAGUAGUGUGUAAUAUAGUUCAUGAAUAUAUGACGCGCCU